GCUCGGCUUUCUGCAGUAUCACGUGCAGCCGCGCUGGGUGCAGGAUGGCGGCGGCCGCGGCAGCGCUGGGUGUCAGGCUCCGGGACUGCUGCAGCCGGGGCGCUGUGCUCCUGCUCUUCUUCUCCCUGUCCCCUCGGCCCCCGGCCGCCGCUGCCUGGCUGCUGGGCCUGAGGCCGGAGGACACCGCCGGAGGCCGCGUGUCCCUGGAAGGAGGCACCCUGCGCGCGGCCGAAGGCACCAGCUUCCUCCUGCGCGUCUAUUUCCAACCCGGGCCCGCGGCGCCCGCGGCGGCCACGGCACGGGUGCCCGCGUCCACCCUGUCCCCGGCAGAGAACGGCACCAACGACUGGGCUCCACGGCUCGUGUUCAUCGAGGAGCCCCCGGGUGCGAGCGCGAGCGCGAGCGGCGCGAUUCCCAGCGCCGUGCCCACGCGCCCCCCGGGUCCGCAGCGCUGCCGCGAGCAGAGCGACUGGGCAUCCGACGUGGAGGUCCUGGGGCCCCUGCGCCCCGGAGGCGUGGCAGGCUCGGCUCUGGUCCAGGUGCGGGUGCGGGAGCUGCGCAAGGGCGAGGCGGAGCGGGGCGGUGCGGGCGGCGGCGGGAAGCUCUUUUCGCUGUGCGCCUGGGAUGGGCGCGCUUGGCACCACCACGGCGCGGCCGGCGGCUUCCUGCUGCGCGUCCGCCCGCGCCUCUACGGCCCGGGUGGGGACCUGCUGCCCCCCGCGUGGCUGCGGGUGCUGGGGGCGCUCCUGCUGCUCGCCCUGUCUGCCCUGUUCAGCGGCCUGCGCUUGAGCCUGCUGUCGCUGGACCCGGUGGAGUUACGGGUGCUGCGGAACAGCGGCUCGGCCACCGAGCAGGAGCAGGCGCGCCGCGUGCAGGCCGUGCGCACCCGGGGGACCCAUCUGCUCUGCACCCUGCUCCUGGGCCAAGCCGGAGCGAACGCGGCCCUGGCCGGCUGGCUGUACGCCUCGCUGCCGCCGGGCGUCGGGGACCCCGGGGAAGACUAUGUCGAGGCGGGGGUUCACUUUCCGUGGCUGCCGGCGCUGGUGUGCACGGGCGCCGUGUUCCUGGGCGCCGAGAUCUGCCCCUAUUCCGUCUGCUCGCGCCACGGGCUGGCCAUCGCCUCGCACAGCGUGUGCCUCACCCGGCUGCUGAUGGCGGCGGCCUUCCCCGUGUGCUACCCGCUGGGCCGCCUGCUCGACUGGGCCCUGCGCCAAGAGAUCAGCACCUUCUAUACCCGGGAGAAACUGCUGGAGACGCUACGCGCCGCAGAUCCCUACAGCGACCUGGUCAAAGAGGAGCUCAACAUCAUCCAGGGCGCCCUGGAGCUGCGCACCAAAGUGGUGGAGGAGGUGCUCACUCCGCUGGGCGAUUGCUUCAUGCUGCGCUCUGACGCCGUGCUGGACUUCGCCACCGUCUCCGAGAUCCUGCGGAGCGGCUACACGCGCAUCCCGGUGUACGAAGGGGAUCAGCGGCACAACAUCGUGGACAUCCUGUUCGUCAAAGACUUGGCCUUCGUGGACCCCGACGACUGCACGCCCCUGCUCACCGUCACUCGCUUCUACAACCGGCCCCUGCACUGCGUCUUCAAUGAUACCCGUCUGGACACGGUGCUGGAGGAAUUUAAGAAGGGGAAAUCUCACCUGGCCAUUGUCCAGCGGGUGAAUAAUGAGGGCGAAGGGGACCCCUUCUACGAGGUGAUGGGCAUCGUCACCCUGGAGGAUGUCAUCGAAGAGAUCAUCAAGUCGGAGAUCCUGGACGAAACGGACCUUUAUACUGACAAUCGCAAGAAGCAGCGGGUGCCCCACCGAGAGAGGAAGCGACAUGACUUCUCCUUGUUCAAACUCUCUGACUCAGAGAUGCGUGUGAAGAUCUCUCCACAGCUGCUGCUGGCCACGCACCGCUUCAUGGCCACAGAGGUGGAGCCCUUUAAGUCUCUGUACCUUUCGGAGAAGAUCUUACUCCGACUUCUGAAGCAUCCCAACGUGAUCCAGGAGCUGAAAUUUGACGAGAAGAACAAGAAGGCACCAGAGCAUUAUCUAUACCAGCGUAGCCGUCCUGUGGACUACUUUGUGCUGCUACUGCAGGGUAAAGUAGAGGUGGAGGUUGGUAAGGAAGGCCUUCGUUUUGAGAAUGGAGCCUUCACCUACUAUGGUGUUCCAGCCAUCAUGACCUCUGCUUGCUCAGAUAACGACGUAAGAAAGAUUGGAAGUCUGACUGGAUCCUCUGUCUUUUUGCCCGUCUCUGUGUCUCGUACCUUCGCCUUCAGCAGAGGGGACUCCUUGGCAGGCUCCCCAGUAAAUCGGUCCCCUUCUCGCUGCAGCGGCUUGAACCGUUCUGAGUCUCCGAACCGUGAGCGCAGUGACUUUGGGGGCAGUAACACGCAGCUCUGCAGCAGCAGCAACAACCUGUACACACCAGACUACUCUGUGCAUAUCCUCAGCGAUGUGCAGUUUGUGAAGAUCACUCGGCAGCAGUACCAGAACGCACUCACUGCCUGCCAUAUGGACAGCUCACCCCAGUCUCCCGACAUGGAGGCCUGCACUGAUGGAGAAUCCACCAAGGCUCCCACCACCCGGGGCACACCCCAAACUCCCAAGGAUGACCCUCUCAUCGCCCUCCUCACCAGUAGGAGCAGCCUGCCCUGUAACCGCUCUGAGGGGCUGAGAAGCCCGGGAGAGGCCGUGUACCUGCGGAUGGACGAGCUGGCCUUCCCUCAAGAGGAUGUGGAGGACUUCGAGGACACUGACCUGCGGCCACUCUCAUUGUCUUCCUCAGCUGGUCCCCUGAGGGCAGGUCAGAGGGCACAGACAUCAGAUAGUGACUGUUGUAACAUCAACCUGGAUGUGGAAACCAGUCCCUGCAGCAGUGAUUAUGAGGAAACUGUGGGCAAGAAGCUGCUGAGGACUCUGAGUGGUCGGAAGAGGAAAAAGUCCCCGGAAGGAGAGGGAGCCUCUGAAGACAACUCCAAUUUAACACCUCUGAUCACAUGACAGGCAGCCAGUUGCCUAGACUGCGACACCCAGAGCUUUGGGGAGAUCCCGCCCCCCCAAAUCAUCUGCUUCCCCAAGGCUCCUCUGGUGACAGGGUGUUCAGAUUUCCUUACCACCUCUUCAGCCCUCGCAGUCAGUUUGGCAGGUUUUACCUCCAGUUUGAUUCAGAGCCUCAUGGUGGCCAUAAUGGGUACAGAGGUGUCUCCAGUGGAACAAGCUAGAAAGUGUUCUUGUCUACAGCACCACAACAAAACUGGAGAAGAAAGGACCCCCCAAGCUGGCACUAUUUUCCAGGGACUAUUAAUGUCCUUUUUGUUCCUUGGGGUACCCUGAUGCCAUAUUUCAUGCUUUGCUUAGCUCAGGAGCCCUGGGCACUGGGACAUAGGAAAGGCUGGAGGAGAGGGAACAGAAUGAGCUCAGGAGAGACACCAAGAUUGCUCCCGAAUGUGAGCAUCAUGAACCCAUGUGCUCUUAUAAGACAGAAGACAGCAGUGACCAGUUUCCUGUUAGAAACUCACUCUGGCCACCUGGGAAGCAUAUGGAGAGGUGAGCUGGAACCCCGAGUUACUGCUUCUCCCAAGGACACAUCUGGUUUCAUUCCUCAUCAACUGCUCAUCAAUUGCUUGGUACAUCUGCUCUAGGAGAGAGAGAGAGCAGGGAGUGGAGAGAGCAGAACCAGUUGAGAGCCAGAAAUAGAAUUUCAGGUUUUAAGUUCAAAGCAAAGCAAAAAAGAAAAAGAAAAAAACACUUACGUGGAAAAUACCUAAGCUGUAAAGCAAGUUUAAGCCAUGACAAACCAAAGAGUGCCAGGCCAGCCACGGAUGCAAGCCCUUGUGGGUAUUACAUUGAAGAAUAACUCUUCCUUUUCACUCAUUCCUGUUCCCUUCCCCACCCCACCCCUGCUAUACCCCAUACUCCGUCCCAGCAGAUUAGCCAAGUGUACUUGAAUCCAAGAAUCUAUUAAAUCUCCACUUUUUUACCUGUGUUGGGGCUGGUGCAAUUCCAAGCCUGACCACAGGAUGGCAUGAGGACUACAUCUAUCCAUUCCAGGAAUCAAGAUCCUGAUUAGAAGUCUACCCCACAGUUAGCUUUGGAAAAAUGUGCAAUGAAGGUUUAGGACACUCCCCUCCCUUUCUGAUCUCUCUCCAGUUCCUUGUAUUGCCUUGGUUAAUGUCGGUAAUCCAGAGCUACCUGCAAAAUCACCAGACCAUUCCCAUAUUCCACAAACAUUCAGUCAGUGAUCACUGGAAGGAGGGAGAGUGAGUAUUCCUUUGGGUUCUUUGCAUCUAAAAUGCUUACCCACUGGAAUCAUUAACUCAGGGGUUCUGACCUUGGGGUCAUCGCCUUAAGCCCAUUGUUGGACUUAUGGGUCUGUUAAACCCCUAAUACUGUCAGAAGUUAGUGUUUGUGUUCUUAGCCCUCUUUUUCAGAGAGCUUUUGUAUGAUUCUCAAGGGUCUCAGACCCAUAAUGUGUUACCAACUAAUAAAAAAAAGAUAAAACUA